UAAGGAAUCCCGAGUACGCGCGAGCGGGUCGGAGGCGCGCAGCUCGAGCGCUGCUCUCAGUGCUCAGACAUGGCGGCGGACCUCAACCCGGAGUGGCUGUCUUGCCUGCCUUCCUCGUGGAGUUACGGCGUGACCCGCGACGGACGCGUCUUCUUUAUCAAUGAAGAAGCGAAGAGCACAACCUGGCUGCAUCCAGUCACGGGAGAAGCCGUCAUUACAGGGCACAGAAAAACUCCAGAUUUACCCACCGGAUGGGAAGAAGGAUAUACGUUCGAAGGAGCCCGCUGCUUUAUCAAUCACAAUGAGCGAAAGGUGACCUGCAAGCAUCCCGUCACAGGCGUUCCUUCGCAAGACAACUGUAUCUUUGUCGUCAACGAACAACUGAAUUGUGGGAAACUUGUCCAUCCUGUUUUAAACAGACCAGCGACCAAAGCACCAGCGACCGAGAAGAAAGAACGCCCAACCAGCACCAUGAGCGAAGCGUCAAACUACACGGGCGGCUCAGACUACACCACACAUCCCAGCAGCCCAACAACCAGACUCUCCAGGUCCUCAAAGAAAGUCCACAACUUCGGCAAGAGGUCCAACUCCAUCAAGAGGAACCCCAAUGCCCCGGUGGUGAAAAACGGCUGGCUUUACAAACAGGAUAGUACCGGGAUGAAGAUGUGGAAGAAGAGAUGGUUCGUUCUGUCUGACAUGUGCCUCUUCUACUACAGAGAUGAGAAGGAAGAGGGGAUCUUGGGAAGUAUCCUCCUGCCCAGCUUCCACAUCUCCAUGCUAUCUGUGGACGACCACAUAAGCAGAAAAUACGCCUUCAAGGCGACGCAUCCCAACAUGCGGACGUACUAUUUCAGCACUGACACAGCCAAAGAAAUGGAGUCAUGGAUGAAGGUUAUGACGGAUGCAGCGUUGGUCCACUCUGAGCCAAUCAGAAGGCUUGAGAAGGUAAAGGUUGACUCACGCAGCCCUCAGGAGAUGAACAACAUGCUGAAUCACAGAGUCCUGACCCGACCCGAGAUCCAAAACAACGAGAGAAACCGCGAGACGCUCCGCCAGGAGGAGAAGAAGCAGAAAGCCGCGGACAAGCAGAAAGAGAAAGACGGCAGGGUUAGCGUGCAGAAAGAUGGAGAGCGAUACACCCUCCAGAGAGACGCCGACAACUACACCCUGCACAAAGACGCUCAGAGACUCGCUCUGCAGAAGGACGGAGACCGAUACAUGCUGCAGAAGGACGUGGACAAAUACGUCCUGCAGAAAGACGGCGAGAAAUACGCCGUCCACAAAGACGGAGAAAAGUACCUGCUGCAGAAGGACGGCCAGAAAUACACGCUGCACAAAGACGGAGACAAGUUCACGCUUCAGAGGGAAGGCGAGAAAUACGCUCCGCUGAAAGACGGCGAGAAGAUCCUGCAGAAAGACGCAAGGUACCCUCACGCAGACAAACACGUGCAGCAGAAGGAUCCGGAGAAACCCGUACCGCCGCCGCGGGAGGGCGAGAAAUACGGCUUCCAGAAAGAGGGCGCCGCGGAGCGGCCGCUCACUAAGAUCAACAGCAUCAAGCUCCAGCCGGCUCAAGCGGCGGCCAUCGCUGCGGCCGUCUCGUCCUCCAGACAGCUCCAGAGCGCGGCGGGGGCCGGCCAGUACAAGCCGGCUCAGGUCAACGGCUCCGGGGAGCGAGGAGGAGACAGAAGCCCCGGAGACAUGAGCAGCGCGAUGACCCAGAGGACCACGGCCCCGGCAGAGCCUGAGCGAACCCUGAGCAGAACCAACUCCAUGCAGCAGCUGGAGCAGUGGGUCCGUACGCAUCGCACGCGGGCCCCGGACGACGACACCAGGAGCAUUACAUCCUACCAAACUCUGCCGAGGAACAUGCCGAGCCACCGCGCUCAGAUCGUCCCGCGCUAUCCCGAGGGUUACCGGACGCUCCCGAGGAACAUGCUGCGUCCGGACAGCAUCUGCAGCGUGGCGGGGUCGGUGUACGACCGGGCGCUGCAGCCCACGAGCACCGAGAAGCGCCGCUCCAUUCGGGACGACACCAUGUGGCAGCUGUACGAGUGGCAGCAGAGGCAGGCGCACAGCCGGGUCGGAUACGGGACGCUGCCCAGCCCCAAAACCAUGGGCCAGAUCGCCGAGUCCAUCCCCACGUCCCCUUCCCACGGCUCUCUGGCCGGGUACCACACCUUCUCCCCCAACCGCCCGCUCAACCCGGACUCCCGCUCUGAAGUGUCCUCGCCCGUGUUUCGUGGGGACCUGACUAUAGAGCGCCGGCACAGACAGCAUCUGUCCAAGGUACAGAGCGCACAGGGUUCCCACAGCCUGCAAGCAAACCGCCGGAUGGGUCAGAUAGAUCAGGUCCAGCAUCGGGUGCACACUCCGGAGGAACUGACCCUGCUGCUCAUCAAGCUCCGGCGGCAGCAGGCCGAGCUCAACAGCCUCCGCGAGCACACGCUCGCUCAGCUAAUGCAGCUAAACCUCGAUGCCGCCAACCCAAAGAGUGAAAUCCUUUCCCAUCACCUACAGAGGAAUCUCAUGUACUUGGACAGCCAGAUGAAGGAGAAUGAGCCAAUAAUCUUCAUGAUUCACACUAUGAUUGAGAACUCGGCGCCAAGGCCACAACUGUACCAGCAAAUGAGUCCUGAAGAGUACAGAGAAAACACCUACUUAUACAGACCCGAGGAGCUGGACAUUGAUGCGAAGUUAAGUCGACUAUGUGAGCAGGAUAAAGUAGUGAGGAACCAAGAGGAGAAACUGCAGCAGCUCCACAGAGAAAAGCACACGCUGGAGACGGCCUUGCUGUCGGCCAGUCAGGAGAUCGAGAUGAGCGCCGAGAACCCAGCGGCGGUGCAGAGCGUCAUCCAGCAGCGGGACGUCCUGCAGAGCGGCCUGCUCAGCACCUGCAGGGAGGUGUCGCGCGUCAACGCCGAGCUGGAGCGGAGCUGGAGGGAGUACGAUCGGAUGGAGGCGGACGUCACUAUGGCCAAAACUAACCUGCUGGAGCAGCUGGAGGCCCUCGGGAGCCCACAGACGGAGCCGCCCAGCCAAAAACACGUCCAGAUCCAGAAGGAGUUGUGGAGGAUUCAGGAUGUGGUGGAGGCGUUGAACAAGAACAAACCCAAGAGAAACACAGAACCCAGUUUUCCUGGCGCGAACCCCCUGUCAAACCUGCAUAAGAGUGAAGAGUCAGACUCGGUGCCUCCUCGUCCUCCGCUCCCGUACUCGUACGAGGGGGGAGAGCGUCCUCCUCACGCGCCCCGCACCACCCCUCACCGGCCCGAGGACCGCAAGGCUGCCCAGCGCAACGGUGCCCACAGCGGGCCGGAUUACAGACUGUAUAAGAGCGAGCCGGAGCUCACCACCGUAGCCGAGGUCGACGAAAGCAACGGCGAAGACAAAUCUGAGCAGAUGGCAGAGAAGGAGCAGGCCGGCAUCACCAAAGGUGUAGUUUACCCCGUCGGAGUGGUCAGUCCCAGGACUAAAUCACCCAUGCCCGAAUCCUCCACCAUUGCGUCUUAUGUUACCUUGAGGAAGAGCAAGAAACCUGAUCCCAGAACAUCUCAGCCGCAGGACCGUCCUCGCAGUGCUGUGGAGAGCAUGAGCAGCGCCGUGGAAGUGGGCCGAACACGUAUGAGUGUGGAGGAGCAGAUGGAGCGAAUCAGGAGGCACCAGCAGGGGGCGCUGCGUGAACGAAGACGGGAGGACGGCUCGCUGUCCCGCAGCCUCUCCUUCACCAAAGACAACCCCUACUACACCCUACAGACGCGUAAGAAGAGCCCGGUGAUCUCUCCGGAUGAGCAGGACGACCGUAGAGACACGUCGCCCGAGGAGCAACCACAGCUGAAGACCAAACCCACUGAUGCAGAAGAAAACUGCAAGAAUACUGAAGAUGUGGAAUCUGGAAACGCCAGCCUGGAGAGCAAGGAGAAAGCGGCCCGACUGGCCUCCAUUAAAGAGUCUCUUCUGAAGAGCGCGGGUCCUAAACCGGUGCUGAACCAGGACCAAUCAGAGCCGCUGGAGUACCGCAGGACUCUGGCCACUCAGAACAGCUUACAGACCGCUGUCAUGGUGCGUGUGGGCACUGAGGAAGACGAGGAGGAGGAGGAUGAGGACGAGAAACCCUCCAGUCAAGAGCAGGACGUUUCGUUUGAGCUGAGCAACAGCAAACACGGCGCUCUGAUGUCAGUGAACAGUCUGUCGACUCCGCCUCAAUCUCCAAGCUCCUCCUCCUCUCCGCCGCCUCCGCCCUCCCCCCCACAGCUGACGGACGGAUCACACUUCAUGUGUGUGUGAGCGGAGAGACGGACGAUGAAGCGCAGCGUGUGAGGAGACGUGAAACAAACACAUCAUCAUCAUCAUCAUCAUCGUCAGACAGGAAGUGCCGCCCAUCAGCUGCCCGACACACACGGCGACGUCCAGGCCUUAGUUCAAACCCUUCUUUUCUAGUGAUUAUUAUUUAUAUUCCUCUGGCGUUUUUCUAGUUUGUCUGGGCGUCCGAGGUGCUAUCGAACCCUCGCCGAUGUACAUGAGCUCCCAGACUCCCGGUCAACAGGAAGUGGAGCCGGAGAAGCCCAUCGACGCACUGCUUUCAAUGGCGUUCAUCGCUGGCUUGUUUUAUAUGGAUUUUAAUCGAUCGCUCCCUUUUAAUCGAUCCUAGUGUUGGUUUUUAGUCCUCAUAUCUGUCCGACCCAUCCCUUCUUUCUUGUUUUCUUUUUGAUAUGUGUAUAAAUGAUGUACGACUAUAAACUUUCAAUAAGGUGCCACCGUACUGCUGCCGAUAAACAGGAUUUGUAAAUGAUCUGUAUUAUGUUGGAUAGUCCUGCAAUAGCCACCACACUGUUUCCCGACACACUCAUGAAUGUUCCAGCUUACCUUUUAUUUUUCUACGGCUGAGAUAUAUUUAACUAGAGAGACGAGUACAGAGUAUUAGAGUUUUAAGAAGAGCGUUUCCGGAGGACGGCUUUAGUUUAGAGGAGAAUAGCACACGAGGAGCGAGCGUUUUAAAACGGUUGAUAAAGCAAUAAGCAGGGUUUGGUGUUCAACUUCGAUGUAUAAACUGUAAAGUUCAUGAUGUAUAUACUGUACACCGUACAACAAGCAGAGCCGAGACGCAGAAGAGGUUAUGUAUCAGAGUCAAUAUGCAAAUGUUCAUAUUUCAUCUGUUUUAUAUCAUGUGAAAUAAAUGUUGAUGUUCUUAUAUAUAUGAAA